AUGGACUUCAGUCCGCCCAACGCCCAGACGCUGCCGAGCGUAUCAUCCUCCGGACGCGCUCCGUCAUCGGCACGAGGACCCCUCGCCGGAGGCCGUCAGAUCACUCGAAAUCGUGCGAGUUACAGUUGCCACACUUGUCGACGGCGCAAAGUCAAAUGUGAUAAGGUCCACCCAAUAUGCAGCAACUGCGCAAAGUCCGGCGCCGAGUGCAUAUACGAUGCAGCGCCCUCGUCGCAAAGGACCGAGAGUGCCCGGGAAGGGUCCGCGAGGCCUGGAUAUGGUGUGAAACGUAGGAGGGAAACGCCUCGGACGCUGGAGGAGGAUGUGGACGAAUUGCAAUCGAUUUAUGGUCAGCUGAGAGAGGAGGAUUCUCCAGGGGACCAGAAAGGGAACCCACGCGCCAUUGAAGCUCGACUCGACAAGCUCAUGUCAAUGAUUGAACGACUCGGUGGUAAUCCGCAUGCACUCGAGGAAGCGGAGAGGCAGGGUGUGGCUCCAACGGGUGGUAUGGAGACUGCCCUUCUAGAACAAUUGCGGCAGAGCAGUCGCACUCAAAAUGGACAGUCGGCCUCAUCUCGGCGAUCCAGUCCCCGCCGCACUGCCGCAGAGUCGAGUGGCGACGAAUUUCCCAUUCCGUCCGGUCAAGCAACCGACCUCGUGGAUCCAGUUGGUAGCCUUAAUUUGGGGCAUUUGAGCUUGGAGGAUGGCGGAAGAUCCAGAUAUGUGGGAACGACAUACUGGGCCUAUAUUUCUCACGAGAUCAAUGACCUCAAUCAAUUGCUGAGAGACCAAAAUCGAUCCCAUGAUGUGUCAUCGGAGAAUGCGAACGAGGAUUCCAGCAACCCUGUUACAGGCUCUCGCAGACCGUGGAAAGAAUCGAUUGAUAGCUCUGCAAAUUCAACAACUUCUAGAUCACGAGUCGGAUCCUUCCAGCAAUCCAUCAUCUUUCCAUCUGGUGAUUCUCCGUCAGUCAAUGAGAAGACUGUCGAGCCCGAGAUGCUUGAGCAUGUUCCUACACGGCGUCAAAGCCAUCUACUAUACAAGGGGUUCAUGUCAGGCGUCCACGCCAUAAGUCCUGUCCUUCAUCCUCCAACUAUCUUAAAGCUCUACAAUGCCUUCUGGGAUUGGUAUGACUACACUAGCUAUUCUGGAGAACCUUGUCCGAACCCUUCAUUCAUACCAUUGCUGUAUGCGAUCUGGUACGGUGGCUCUGUGACCAUCUCCAUCAGAACCAUCAAAGCCGAGUUCAAUGCGUCAUCGCGUGUUUCACUGUCUACAAUGUACAGUGAGGAAGUGACUCGAUGGUUGACAAAAAUCUCAUUUCCUCGCAGUCCCUCUCUCCAGGGACUAGCCGCCUAUCUCAUAGUGCAGACUAUCUUGUCAAAAGAGGAAGAGCCCUUGACAAGUAGUCUGUUCGUGAGCCUCGCCAUGCGGGUGGCUCAAACGAUGGGUUUACAUCGGGAUCCAGCCAAUUUUGGCAUUGAGCCGCGCGAGGCAGAGUAUCGACGACGACUCUGGUGGCAUAUCAUGCACAUGGAUGGUGUGGUUGCGAUGUCGAGUGGUCUCCCUCCACUCGUUAGCGACGAAAAUUACUGGGACGUGCGAGAGACCAGCGAGAUCAAAGACACAUUGCUAGGCACCCAGACCGCGGUACAAUACGAACAAUUACUUGCUGCCAAGCAAAGGUUACCCGACAAUCCUGACGACCCGUCCGUCUGUGGUGGUCCGUCAAUGGUGAAUGUCUUUUACUUGACUGCCAGAGGGAAAUAUACCAUGGCCCGCGCUGUCCGGCAAAUUCUGAAGAUCCAGCUCGGCACCAAACCUGUCACCCGUAGCGAUAUGGAGGAACUACGAACGAUCCUUCUCGGCCUACAGCUGAAACUGAACUCAAUAGUGAAUAGGAUCCCGGAGGGCUUGCCAACUGGUAGUCCUCCUGUAUCAACGGGGCGGGCGUUAUCCAUGUCAAAAUCUCCUGUCGAAGCGCGAGCCACGGAAACAGAGCUUCCUGGUGAAGGUCCUAAUGGCUGUCCAGAACAAUACCACACGCCAGUUCUGGUUUCAUUCCACAAGUGGGCACGCAUUAUUCUCUCUCUUUACAUUGACAAGGCAUUUUGUGUUGCAUAUCAACCCUUCCUCAAGAAUGCUCGCAGUCGCAUUUGGCCGGCGGCACGGCAAAGUGCGCUUCGCCACUGUCACGGUUUCAUGGAGAAGUUUAUACAGCUUGCAACUGACCCCGACUUUCAACCUUUCCAAUGGAGCUGGCCUGGAAACCAUCAACCUAUGCAUGCAACGAUGAUCAUGCUCAUUGACCUAUACGAGCGACCUUAUAGCCCCGAGGCUUCACGCUCACGUGCUUUCAUUGACCGAAUCUUGGCUCUAUCAGGACCCGAUGGCGGUGUGGUCGGUGGUGAAGAUGGCAUUUCAACACAACGGCCGCUGAAAGACGGCGGCCGCGAAGCAUGGGACAUGAUCCGUCGUCUGCGCCAAAAAGCAUGGCAAAAGGCUGGUCUUAACCCACAGAUGCUCUGGACUGAACAGGAUCAAAUACAAGCGGGCAUAGCAUCACCGGCAGGAGAAGUUCGUGGCUCUCGUGUUCCGUUCUAUUCAGGAACAUCCUCUGUGCCUGGGUCACCUGGGAUGUCAACUACCAUGCCAUCACGUCAACCCGCCGCUCCUGAUCGCCAACUUACCGACUUCAACCGCAUGUUCUACAACAUGACUCGUUCUCACAUGCUUCCUAGCCCUGCGGUAUCUUCCGCGUCUGUGAAGCCUAGUCCAUUACGAUACUCAUAUGAACUGCCCCCACCAAACCGAACCUCCGCCCCCCUGCCGACUCCACAGUACAACCCCACACCAGCAGCUGUCACCCUGCCUCCUACCGACAUUCUACCUGCACCCGCUCCUAUAGCAACUUCUCCCCAAAUGACCCAAUCACUUGGCUCACCUCCCUCCCCUCACUCCCGGGCACCCCCUUCCACAGCUCCAAUCUCUCGACCAGAACAAUCCCUCCCCAACAUCACGACCUCUCCAGCCAUGCCAUUCAUGGAUCCAAUCUCUUCCAACCCGCCCCCAAUUGGCGUUCCCACGCCACCUUCCAUGGUCGACCCCAAUCUAAACUUCGAUUGGGAUCAAUGGGACGCUGUCUUUGGACAACAUCUUCCCGUUGCCGAUGAAUUGAUGGAAUUGGACCCCGUUUCUGGGCUGGAUUUUGCCAAUCUUGGGUUUCCUGCUGCUAAUAAUGAUGCUGGUGUGCGGUUCAAUGAUCUUCCCGAUUCAUUGUCCUCUAGUAAUGGGAAUCUGCCACCGGCUUGGGCCGAUACUUGCUCGGGGAACCCUAGGGUUCCGUCUAGUGACUGGACGGGGUAUUGCUGA